UAUACAUAAACAUGCAUGUCUAUGUCGAACCCCAACUUAACUGCAACUUAGAGAUCCUUGAGAAAGCGAAACAAAGUAGCCAUUCCAUAGCCUCCUGAUCACCGGCAGCGCCCUCCAUCGACAGUUCCAAGGAUGAUAGACUUGGUUUCCUGCGACUCGAAGCUACUCCGGACAUGGAGGAAGCUCUCAUGGCUCCUCAGGCCGCCCUUCAAGCGGUCGUUCUCCAUACGAGCCUUGAGGUUCCGAAGCCUCAGCCGCGGGGGGGAGAGGAGGAGCUGCUGGAGCGGCAGAUUCCGAUCCUUCCGGCUCACCCUCUGCACCUCGAGGCAGCCGGAGGAGCUGGACAGGCUCGGCGAGCUCCGGAGCAUGACGGAACGAGAUCGGUUCCGCGCGCCGUUCCCGUCACCCAUCACUCCGGCCUACGUCAAGCUCGCGAGUCUCCAGCCGAGGGAGCCCGAGGUGGAGGCGGCGUGCCGGAGCUUCCGGAGCUGCCUGGCGGAGAUGCUGGCGGAGGAGGGCAGGGUGGAGGAUCUGGUCAACGUCGAGGAGCUGCUUCACCAUUGGAGCAGCUUGAGGUCGCCUGCUUUUGUUGAACUGGUGUGCAGCUUCUACGAACAAGUAUGCAAUGAGUUGUUUAUAGGCAGCGAGGAGGAGGAGCUGCUUCAUGAAGACUUGUGAAGGACACAUAUUUGUCUUCCUUCAAUAAUAUUGUGGACUCCAUACAUCCUCUUAUUCUUUCUUGCAAUUAUUUCUAAAUGAUUCCUGUGAAGAUUUAUGAAAGAUAUGAUCAUGUAUUUAUGUUGGAUGACUAUAUGUUAUACAAUCUUAAUUCUA